GCGACAGUCGGCAGGGAGCCGGGUGUUGUAGCGGGCCCGCUUUCCGGCGGGUGCGCGGGCCGCGCGCUGCCGCUGCAGGCGGUCGGCGACCCCUGCCCUGCCCCUCACUGCGGCCCCGGCUUCGGAGCUCGCUUGCGUCUCCUCCUUAGCGAGAGAGCGGGGGCGGGCGCUGCACUGGCCUGACCACGAAGUGACCUUGGUCGAACCACCUGUGCGCGAGCCAAUCAGAGCCCCUUCUCUGAAGCAAUUGAGGACCCAGACCCCCUCCCCCCCAGAGCGGCCCCACGGGCUUGCACCGUGGCCGGGGGAGCGUCGGGCCGCUGGGGGCGGCGGGGGCGGGCCGGCCGAGGGAGAUGCCCUUGCACGUGAAAUGGCCGUUCCCAGCAGUGCCGCGGCUCACCUGGACCCUGGCCAGCAGUGUCGUCAUGGGCCUGGUGGGCACCUACAGCUGCUUCUGGACUAAGUACAUGAACCACCUCACCGUGCACAACAAGGAGGUGCUGUACGAGCUCAUCGAGAACAGAGGGCCUGCCACGCCCCUCAUCACCGUCUCCAAUCACCAGUCCUGCAUGGAUGACCCUCAUCUCUGGGGGAUCCUGAAACUCCAGCACAUCUGGAACCUGAAGCUGAUGCGUUGGACCCCUGCGGCUGCAGACAUCUGCUUCACUAAGGAGCUGCACUCCCGCUUCUUCAGCCUGGGCAAGUGUGUGCCUGUGUGCCGAGGAGAUGGCGUCUACCAGAAGGGGAUGGACUUUAUUUUGGAGAAGCUCAACCACGGGGACUGGGUGCACAUCUUCCCGGAAGGGAAAGUGAACAUGAGCUCCGAGUUCCUGCGUUUCAAGUGGGGAAUCGGGCGGCUGAUUGCCGAGUGUCAUCUGAACCCCAUCAUCCUGCCGCUGUGGCAUGUUGGAAUGAACGACGUCCUCCCUAACAGCCCACCCUACUUCCCCCGCUUCGGACAGAAAAUCACCGUGCUGAUUGGGAAGCCCUUCAGCGCACUGCCUGUGCUUGAGCGGCUCAGGGCAGAGAACAAGUCAGCACUCCCUCAGGGGUGCGGGCCGACCGUGUCCUUGUCAUCAGGUGGAGAUGCGCAAAGCCCUCACCGACUUCAUUCAGGAGGAAUUCCAGCGCCUGAAGACCCAGGCGGAGCAGCUCCACAACCACCUCCAGCCUGGAAGAUAGGCCCUGCCUGUCCGGGCCCUGGUCCUGGAUUCCUCUCAGGCCUGAGGAGCAGCUGGGUCUCCCACGUCUCGGGAAGAGGCAGUAGGGGGACCCCUGCCCCAGUCCACUUGGCUCUCAGUGCUGCCUUUUGGAUUUUCCCCCCGCGGCUGGAGCGGAUGAAUGGGUUGAUGCUUUUAGCUCAAUGUGGCUUUUAGGCAGAUUGGUUUGUAACCCUACCGGGUGCCCCUCUGGUUAAAGGAAGGGCCUCAGCUGCUCCUCCCACGUGGCUGAGAAGGGAGGAAGAGGCCUCCUUCCUUCUCGCGUUCAGAUGCUCUCUUCCGGUGCUUGCAUCAGGAGGGAGCGCAGCAUGCCAGUGGACAAGCAGUUGUGUGGGGAGUGGGUGGCCCAUAAGGCCCCUCGGCCUAGCUCCUGUCCGCCCGCCCUGAACUGAUCUGGGAGCUGCUCACUACCUCUUCAGGGAUGGUUGUCAGACAUGUCUUCUUCCUGCCCAGGCUUCCCCCCACCUGCAGGGCCUGGCCCUGGACAGGGCCCGGCCUCAGGUGGGCUGCAGGCAGAAAGAACAACCCUUUGCCAAAGGGAGCCUGCAGCGAGGGCCUGACAUCUGUCCGCUCGUCUCCACGCCAGGACCCAUGGCUUCUCCAUCCUUUCUGCCCCCUGGCAUCACUUGUGUCCUGGGGCCUGGGUUUCCACAUUUGUAAGACAAUAAAGCAACUGUAUUGUG